GUCACCAUUUUUAGCGGAACAGGUCAUUUAACCAUCCAAAUGAUUUCUAAACGGGUUUAUUACGAUGAAAUAGUUGCCAAGUUCCCCUUUAAGAUGCACUUGUAUAAGACCCAUGACUGUGUAUGUAAGUGUGGUGUGAAAUGAGAAUGAAAUUAAAUGUUUUUAACAUGGAUCACAGCAUUACUGCAGGCACUGUUGGUAGUGGUGAUGUGAUCUGUUGAGUCAUGCCGGCUGUUAAAUUCUAAUGUAAAAUUGAACUGGAUCUGAAUCUACAACUCUCCAAAUCGCUUACCUAGGAACUAACAUGAACUUUAUUUCAACAAAAAUAGGCCAUUAACAUGUUGUGCAUCCAUUAUAAAAUGGCUGUGAGAUGUAUUAAAUCCAAGGCAAUGUACAUUACCAAACAUACAGUAAAUAAAAGCUCAACCGUAGACAGUAUAUGAAGGUCCAUUUAUUGUCAAGGCCUAUUUGGAUGCUGACACUGGGAAACCACUUCUCAGGUUUGGGCAAGCAAAUUGGAGCACUCACUUGCCCAGUGGGAAAGCUGGGGGUGGGGGGUAUGAUUUGUCCAGCCCUGUGUAGGCGUUCGGUAGACAUGAUGACGGAUCAAACACACCCAAAUGUCUGCUAGAUUCUGUCUGGUCAACUUCCUGCCCCACCCACCCUUACAGGGAUUGUAGGAUAUCACCCUGACAUGAAGGAACCUCAUACUUCUUUAUUAGCAUACCUUCAUGAUCAGUCUGUGGACAGUGAACUGAAAAAGCAUAACUAAUAAUAAAAGCCCUAUAAUUUGCGUUGUUUGCUGAGUAAACAGUGAAAAGGUGUUAACCUCUUUCUCCCUGAGUCUGUGUGUGUGUGUGUGACUGUGUUGACUGCAGAGGUGGGAAGCCUGUAUGGCCCCACCAUCCUUUCAGGUCCAGGGUAGAACCUCUACCCCCCCCCCACUCCCCUUCCUCCAAGGCCUCCCACUGCGUUCUCUUUCUCUACAUUCUUUCAGUCGCUCCUCCUUUUCCCCCUCAGUUUCCCAUCCACGCCUUCACACUGUUUUACAUUCUCUUAGCCCCUCACAUCAGCUGAUCCUGUGUGCUUUAUAUGAUUUAUUUAUGUUACUUAUUUGGUUAAAACUGAUGAGCUAUUUUUGGUUUCUACCUCCGAAACCUCUGAUUUGCAUAUCAGCAUGUGCAUGCCUGCUUGUGCAUUUUAUUUUUUUGUUUUGUUUCUUUGUCUUUUUUUAAUUUCUUAUUCUGUUCAAGUCUUCUCUUGCUCCUUUCUUUCUGUCUUUGUCUAUCUUUCCUCUCCUGUUCAGUCUUUCUUUUUCUCUCUCUUUUCUCUUCUGUUUGGUUGUGUUUGCGUUUUCCCUUUAUCAUUUGUGCCCAUCCCACACAGAUCAGGUUGCAGCUGUGGGACACGGCGGGCCAGGAGCGCUUCCGUAGCCUCAUUCCCAGCUACAUCCGCGACUCGGCCGCCGCCGUCGUUGUGUACGACAUCACAAGUGCGGCUGCAGCUUUGGGACACGGCAGGCCAGGAGCGUUUCCGGAGUCUCAUCCCUAGCUACAUACGAGAUUCCACUGUGGCCGUGGUUGUCUUUGACAUCACAAAUGUCAACUCCUUCCAGCAGACCACAAAGUGGAUCGAUGAUGUCAGAACAGAGAGAGGAAGUGACGUCAUCAUCAUGCUUGUGGGAAACAAGACAGAUCUUGCGGAUAAAAGGCAAGUAUCAAUUGAGGAGGGCGAAAGGAAAGCCAAAGAGCUAAAUGUAAUGUUUAUUGAGACAAGUGCUAAAGCAGGCUACAAUGUGAAGCAGCUUUUCAGACGUGUGGCAGCUGCACUGCCUGGCAUGGAGAGCAACCAGGACAAGAGCAGAGAAGACAUGAUCGAUAUUAAGCUGCCAGCAGACUCACCAGAGCAGCCUGUCAGUGAAAGUGGCUGCUCAUGUUAAGCCUUGCACCACAGCCACCUUUACCAAUAUCUCUCUCUCUCUCUCUCUCUCUCUCUCUCUCUCUCUCUCUCUCUCUCUCUCUCUCUCUCUCUCUCUCUCUCUCUCUCUCUCUCUCUCUCUCUGUUUCUUUGCUCUACCUUUACUGUAUGUCCUGUACGG